GUGCUGGUCUGGCGGAAAUGACGAAGCUUAGCGGAAGUUGUCUCCAGUAAAACAACAAGGCGCCAAAUUUACGCCAGAAUCUUCAAGCUCAGACACAUGACAGAGUAAUUUUAGUCUUUUGCGAAUCACCUCAUGCGGAAACCGCAGCUGUAGAGCAAAGCUGUGCAGCAUGGCGGUGCCUUUUGUGCAGGAUUGGGACGUCGUUCAGACUCUAGGGGAAGGAGCCUACGGAGAAGUGAGGUUGUUGGUCAACAGACAGACCGAGGAGGCGGUGGCAGUGAAGGUGAUUGAUGCCUCUCAGGCUAAAGAGUGUGCAGACAAUGUCAAAAAGGAGAUCUGCAUCCAUAAGGUCUCUGUAGGGUGUCAGAGAUCAGGAUCAAACAAACUUGUUCGAACGGAUUUGGAGCUUAAAUCAAGGACAAACAGUGAUGACAGGAUGCAGUUCUCCAGCUCACAGCCUGAUUUUGCUCCAGGCGGAUGGGAAGCCAUGUUGUUAAUCGGCCCAAAUGAAGGACAAGUCAGCUUCUCCCAGCCGACUAAACCUGAGCACAUGUUACUGGGUAGUCAGCUGCUGGCCACGCCGGGCGCCAGUCAGUCGCUGUGGCAAAGAUUAGUCCGGAGAAUGACUCGCUUCUUUACCAAUGUGAACGCCGACACCUCCUUGUCUGCCCUGAAAGACGUCUGUGACGGGAUGGCGCUCGCCUUCAAACUCACCUGUGCCCAACAGGUUACUGUGGCCACUCUGGACAAACGUAACAACAAGCUAAUCUUCAAAGUCUUUCUGCUGGAGAUGAAUCAGCGAGUGUUGCUGGAUUUCAGACUGUCUAAGGGUGACGGAUUGGAGUUCAAGCGUCUCUUUGUGAAGAUAAAGCAGAAGCUCGGUGAUGUGGUCAGCAGCCAGAAGAUUUUACUCCCCAUCAGUUAAUAAAGCUCAACAGAGAAAAGUACACACUGUCCUGAACUGUGGAGAGACAAACUGUAUAUAUUUACAUGUUGGUGUUGUUAACAUUUGUUUUUUUUUAAUAAUAUAUCUAGAUUUGAAAGAGCCUUCAAAGCAGGUCACAUCUUCUGUGUAGUUACAUGUCGGUUCCAGAGAUUUCCUCAUGAUUUUCAACAAGCUGCUGUUUGUUGAGUUCUGAUAAUGUUUGAUAUGUUAAAGUUCAAAGCUGAAUAAAUUAAUAAAACCAU